ACAAAGACCACCUGGAUUCCUAAUCAUAAGCAAAUUCGUCUCCGUAUUUAAGAAACAAUUCUGUUAUUAAACUUCGAAUUACUUUACCGACGAAAUAGACUGGGUGAAGGAAGAAGAAGAAGAACAACAACAAAAACAAAUCUUCUUCUUUCUCCCAGGCUAUUAUUACUUUCAACCUCUAUUCUCUGUUUUUAAUAAUAACUGUCUUUUUCAAAUAUAUUAUUAUAUAUUUGAAUGGCACAACCAUGUCAACAUGAACCCAAACCUGAAACUUCUUCUUCUUCUUCCGUUAACCCCGUUCUUUCUGUCGAGCCACACAUGGUAACCAAGUCCACCAUGAUUCCUUCAACUUCUUGGUUUACACCCAAGAGGUUACUGGCUAUAUUUUGUGCGAUUAAUAUGUUAAACUAUUUGGACCGAGGAGCAAUAGCUAGCAAUGGUGUUAAUGGACAUCGUGAAACUUGCACAGCUGGUACCUGCACGUCUGGAACUGGAAUACAGGGAGAUUUUAACUUGAACAAUUUUGAGGAUGGAGUUCUAUCAUCUGCUUUUAUGGUUGGACUUCUUCUGGCUUCUCCAAUAUUUGCAUCUCUAUCAAAGAGUGUAAACCCUUUUAGACUUAUUGGAGUUGGAUUGUCUGUUUGGACUCUUGCAACUUUGUGUUGUGGUCUUUCUUUCAAUUUCUGGUCAAUUGCAGUCUGUCGCAUGCUCGUUGGUGUUGGUGAGGCUUCAUUUAUAAGUCUUGCAGCACCUUUCAUUGACGAUAAUGCCCCAGUUGAACAGAAAACGGUGUGGCUUUCUAUAUUUUACAUGUGUAUACCAGGGGGAUAUGCAAUUGGCUAUGUCUAUGGUGGUUUGGUUGGAAAUCAUUUUGGUUGGCGUUAUGCGUUUUGGGUGGAGGCUAUAUUGAUGCUUCCAUUUGCUAUUUUGGGAUUUGUUAUGAAGCCUUUGCAGUUGAAAGGUUUUGUCCCUGCUGAUUCAAAAAAAGUGCUGGCACUUGAAUCAGUUGCUUUGGGAGAUGCGGAGGCUUCAAAUGGCAACGACGAAUCGUUGUCCACGGAAGAUUUCAGAGAUAAAAGCUCACACGAACAUUCCAAGUCAAAAUAUGCAACCAGAAUAUUAGAUCAGCUCAAAAUAUUUCUGAAAGAUAUGAAAGAACUUUUGUCUGAUAAGGUUUACGUCGUCAACGUUCUAGGUUACAUAGCAUACAACUUUGUCAUAGGCGCUUACUCGUAUUGGGGCCCCAAAGCUGGUUAUAGUAUAUAUAACAUGACUAAUGCAGAUAUGAUAUUUGGAGGAAUUACAAUUGUAUGUGGAAUAUUGGGCACUUUAGCCGGAGGCUUUGCUCUUGAUUACAUGACUAACACCCUAUCAAAUGCAUUUAAGCUUCUCUCAUUCACAACAUUUGUUGGUGGUGCAUUUUGUUUCGGUGCCUUCCUAUUUAAAAGCAUGUAUGGCUUCUUGGCUCUUUUCGCUAUUGGUGAACUACUUGUUUUCGCCACUCAGGGUCCUGUGAAUUAUGUAUGUCUCCAUUGUGUUAAACCAAGUUUGAGGCCGCUAUCAAUGGCUAUGUCUACCGUUGCUAUUCAUAUCUUUGGAGAUGUACCUUCCUCGCCUCUUGUCGGAGUUGUCCAGGAUAGUAUUAACAACUGGAGAACUACCGCGUUGAUUCUAACAACAAUAUUUUUUCCAGCAGCUUUAAUAUGGUUUAUAGGAAUAUUUUUGCAUAGUGUUGAUAGAUUUAAUGAAGAUAUUGACCAUCAAGAAGCAUCAAGGGUAGAAGGAACAACCACCGCGCCAUUGCUUGAAGAGAAAACCGAAGAAACAUCGCCGGUUUCUCAAUCUCAAGAAUGUUAAUUAACCUUUUUAUAACUUUUGAAGCCUGUCCAAGUAGUUUUUUCAUACAUUAAUUGUAAAUAGCUUUCUUCUUUGUUUAAUGUUUAAAUUAAAAUUUAUUUUUUUGUGUAAGUAUCUUCUUGCUUUUGCUUAGUGGAAAUGAAAUAAUACAAUAAUGAGUAAUCUAUCUUGAAAUUGUGUAGCCAUGCACUCUCUCAUAUGAGAUUAUUGGCUAUGUUUAUGUUUCACACCAUCUUGGGUACAACAUUGUAAAUAAAUAAUACUAUGUUGGCACUACCUGCUUAAUUGUUCUCCAAUAU